AUGACUUCAAUCGCCAUCUCGACGGACAACCCGUUUCAGAAGCUGAUCACAGAAACACAUGACGAUCCAGCAAAAUUGCAAUCCGCAUACGAAAACCAUCGAAUCAAUCGCAACGCUCAGCAGAAAGAAAUUAUCCUCGCAGAUGAAUUUCCAGGCUGGAAAUUAGACGAAAUUCUCAUGCGACUGGAUGGGCCACGCAAGGAAGAUGACUAUAUCGAUCCCCGCAACUGUCUGGUCUUUUGGGGGCGCCCGUCUUCUCCAGUCCGCGACCUGAUCGUGUACGUGCAAGAUGAGCUGAAAGCCGUUGCACCUUCGCUCUGGACAAUGCCUCCGCAGAACCUACACAUUACGGUACUUGAAGUCGCGCAUUCCUUGACCAAGGACCAGAUUGAAGGACUCGUCCAAACUCUGAAAUCCUCGACAGAAGUGACCCCGAAUCAAAUAUCUGAGUAUCCAAUGAGUCAUAAGACACGUCUCAUCAAGCCCAUCGUUAGCUUCGACUCCGCCGCACUGGCCCUGAGCUUUGUUCCGGCUGCCGGCGAGCCUGCAAGGGGCCAAUCAAGGGGUUCGAAUGAUGAUUACAGCUACCACCAUUUUCGCCGCGACAUUUUCGAAAUGACGCGACAGGCAAACCUCCCGGUGGCUUCUCGUUACAUCGUUCCAUCGGCACAUCUCACCAUCGCCCGAUUUAUCAAUCAGGAUGGGUUUCUCGUCGAGGAAGGGGGAAAAGGGUCAAGUUGA